GUCUCCUGGUAGCAUGCUCAUGAUAAAUGUGUGCGAUUGUGGAAAUGGUUUCAUCUUGCAGUGUUUGUGUGUGUGAGUGAGGAGAAAGGAUUCCUGUCAUGUGAUGGUGUUGUGAGGGCGAAUAAUGCAAGGUCAUCACGAAGAUUAACACAUUUCCAGAGAGAAAGGGAUGGAGCAAUGGAGGGAGGGCAGUGCAGGCGAGCGAUGGAUGGAGGGAGAGAGCGUGAGUGAGGGAUGCUGAGGGAGAAAGGCGGUGUAUUCAUAGCAGCAGCGGUAUUUAUAGCCGCCCAGAGGAGAGGAGAGAGUGUGGGGGGGUGCAGGGGGCGUGGCUUUGGUUAUGGCUUUCCCACUGCUUCACAACACACAGAGAGAGAGAGACAGAGAGAGAGCGAGAAAGAGAGAGAGAGGGGCUAUUUGGCAGGAGAGGGAAGAAAGAAAGAAAGGAGGGAGGGCUGUAUUUGAGUGUGUGCCGGAGAAAUGAGAGAGAGAGGAGGGAACUGAGCAGAGAGGAAUCUGUCAGAUACAGACACACACUGCUCUGUGUGUAUGUGUGUGUGUCUGUGUGAGAGAGGGAGAUGAGAGGAGCAGAGCAGAGCUGAGAAACAAAUAGAAAAAGACAGCAGAGGAGCACAAAGUGAGGCCAGUUCACCUAUGGAUCAGGAUUUAUACCAGAAACCCAGGGGAUUCCGUGGACACACAUCGACCCGAAUGACAUCCCUGCCGAGUGCAGCCGAUCAACACUGAUGCCGAUGCGCUGCAUGCAUUUGUAGAGCAGCAAGGCCAAGCGGUCAGGGGUGAAAGGUCAAAGACUGCAGAGCCAGAGCAGACGCUGAGGUUGAAGGGCGUCAGGAGGGGGGACCACAAGGGUACGAGAAGAAUCAGGGUUCAGGACCUAAAGUCUCAGUGACAGAGGAGAGUCAAGGGGUCAAAGAUGAUGACAUCACAUGUGAAGCUGAGGAGGGAGAAGGGGAGUCUGGCCGAGUAUGAAUUGCAGAUGAAAGACCUCCGGGCUCAGCUGACAGACCAGAUCAAGAUUUUAGACUCUCAGGUGGAGGUGAAGCAGCAGCAGCUCUCAGACCUCUCCGAGUUUCUCCGGCGUCGAGGAGACAUAGAGGCCGAAUAUGCACGCGCCCUCGACAAACUCACAGAGAGGUUCACCCACAAGACGAAGAAGAAGGAGCAGUGGGGUCAGUCUGUGUGUCAGGUCUGGUCGGUUUUGCUGACUCAGACUCGUCUGGAGAGUCGGGAACAUGCAGCACUGGGUGACACCUGCUGCAACACACUCACACAGAGACUGGCGCACAGUACGGAGGACACACACCGUCUGCACAAGAGGAGCAAAGAAGUGGGAAUCCAGAUGCAGGAUGAGUUGCUAAAGGUCACAACUGAACUCCAGACGGCUACGAAGACGUAUAACCUGUACCACACCGACUGUCUGAUAGCUGAGGGGAAGCUGAAAGAAGCCGAGCGAUUGGAGGAGAGACACACAGGCAAGUCGGCUGAGCUUGGCCCCAGCCAAUACGGGGGACAGAGGCGGAGCUCCGUCAAGAAGAUGGAGAGAUUAAUGGAGAAGAGGCACGGCCGAGUGCAGGAGAACCAGCUGAAGUGUACCAAGGCUCGUAACGAUUACCUUCUGAAUCUCGCAGCAGCCAACGCAGCCAUGAACAAGUACUACCUGCAGGACGUGAGCACUCUCAUAGAUUGCUGCGACCUCGGUUUCCAUCUGGCUGUGGAGAGGGUGAUGAAGUGCUACCUGGCCAGCCGGUGGCGCAUCCAAAAGACGGAGGAGACGGGGCUCAAGCAGCUGGAGGCCGCUGUGACGUCCCUGGACCAAGGGGGAGACAGAGAUGGGUUACUACAGCAACAUGACUCCGCCUUCUGUCUCCCAUUCAGAUUCAACUACCACCCACACGAGGGAGACCAGGUGUGUGAGGUGAGUGCGGAGAGCCAGGUGAGGUACGAGCUGGAGACCAGAUUCCAGCAACUUCAGUCUCGACUCGCUGCUGUUACCUUGGAAACAGAGGAGAUCAGUAAAACACUCAAAGCCACGCUCACAGCCCUGCUAGACGUCAUGUGUGACAGCGACUGUAACCCCUCCCCCGAUGUGCCCAGCAGCCUAUCAAGCGAGCCGCCCGGGGGAAGCACAGCCCCGAAACUUGCUCUUGCCAAGCGUCGAGCCAAUCAGCAGGAGACAGAGACCUACUAUUUUACAAAAGUGAAGGAGUUCCUCACCAGCAGUUCUCUGACCUCCAAACUUCAAGCCAAACAUGACAUUCUACAAGAUGCCAUACAGAAAGGUAGUGUCAGAGGAUGGCGGAGGCUGUCGACAGUGACCCGUCCAGAAUGCAAUGUGCUCGGUCAGUGCGCGUUUGGAAGUCCAGACCUGUUUCCCAAUUCUGCCACACACUCUUCACCACAGACAUACUCUCCUACAUACAGACGAAGGAGGAGAAUGUCUCGGACACAGAGCUCUGGGCAGCAGAUUCCUGUGGUGGUUGAAAGUUGCAUCCGUUUCAUUAACCUUCACGGCCUCCACCAUGAAGGAAUAUUUAGAGUUCCUGGGUCACAGAGGGAGGUUAACCUUCUUAGAGAUUCAUUCGAGAGAGGAGAGGAUCCUCUGUCAGACAGUGAGUGUGACCUGGAUUCCGUGGCUGGUGUGUUGAAGCUUUACUUCAGGGGCCUGGAGCCUCCCCUCUUCCCGUAUGGCAGCUACCUUCAGCUGCUGGAGUGUGUCCAAAUUGAGGACGAUGCAGAGAAAGCUGCCCAGAUCAAAGCAAUUGUCUCCACCUACCCGCGGCCGCUCCCCGUCGUGAUGCGCUACCUUUUCGCUUUCCUCAAUCAUGUGUCUCAGUACAGUGACGAGAACAUGAUGCAGCCCUACAACCUGGCAGUGUGCUUCGGCCCGAGCCUGCUGAGAGGGAUAGAUUCUGAUGACGCUGUUGCUAGGCAGCCACAGGUUAAUGACCUCGUCAAAACCAUGAUCCUGCUACAUGACAUCAUCUUCCCCGGCCAAUCGGAGCUGCCGGGUCCCGUCUACGAGAAGCACAUGACUCUGGAGCAGGAGUACUGUGAACCAAUCACAGAGGAGGGAGACGGAGAGACCGAGCAUCUGCCCAGUGAGGAUGAGUGGGAGGCAGUGGCUAUGUUCGACUAUGCGGCGAGAUCUCCAGCAGAGCUGACAUUCAAGCAGGGAGACCUUCUCAUCCUUCACAGCAAGGCCUCAAGUGAUUGGUGGAGAGGCGAAGUGGGAGGGGCAAAGGGUCUCAUCCCUCACAAGUACAUCAGCAUGCUGGAAGGGUCGGAGCGCGGGAAAAGAGAAGAAGGAGGAGGAGGCGGGGGAGGAGGCAGCACUGGGAACCUGUCAGUAGAAGAUCCACAGACAGAGAACACUACUCGGAUGCGAGUGAACAGCGACAGUGCUUCGUUACCUGGAAGACAGAGAGGGAGUGAUGGGAGUCCCAGUCGAAAGGCUCCAACCUCUCCCGCCACACGACACCUGCCAGUGUCCCAGGAGAGAAGACACACUCUGGACACGGUGAGACCGGGCGGCUUCCGACCCACAGACAAACCCCUGUUUGUUCAGGCAGAAAGAACAGCAGUUGACAAGGACAUGAUCAACCGUCAGAUGAACUCCGUGUUCAAGGAGCUUCUGUUACGCCAGCCUCCUGUUCAGAUGUCAGCCCUCGCCACCCCUGCUGCCCCAGCUCCCUCUUCAUCCUCCUCUUCCUCUCUUCCCCAAGCUGCACCCGCUGCGAAAAAAGUAGGAUUCGGCCUCAGAGGACGGACGCUUUUCAGACCAGUGGACUGACAGACAGGAGAGGAUGAUUAUGAUGAUGAUGAUUACACUGUUAACGAUGAAAUCUUGAUUCAUUUUAUAUAAUGUAUAAUAUUUGCGUCUCUGCCAUCUCAUAGUGCCACUAGUCUCGGUGCCGUGUUACUGUACGUCCAGUGUGUCUUGUUUUCCAGCUGGUUUUGGUCCUUUUUAGGUUCUGGUCUGACUUUCGUUCACCAGGUUUUUGCAACUUUGAGAGAAUCAGGGAUGGGACAUCGCCAGUGAUUUCAACAGACUGACUUUUAAGAGUACUUACCGUGAUAGGACAGAAACAAGAAAAGACUUAAGCUGCCCCCUAGUGGCAGGUCUGAGAUCAGCUCUGCCUAUAAUGUUUGCUUUUUGAAUAGCAAAACUGAUCCAGGGCCUGUGUCUAGGAGUGCCUUCACAUCUUAUUCUUAUCUUAAUAGUCACAUUCAUUUCAUUUCAAAAGACCUGAUAGGUUUAAACUCAUGGUGUAUUUAUAUUCAAGAAAUGUGAUCCAGAAAGAUGAGCCCUAAAGUGUUAAAUAUAAAAUGGGUAAGACAUUAUGAAUUAUUAUUAAAUAUAUUUGUCCCAAAAAAUUUUAAAUAACCAAGGAAUUUGAUAAAAUUGAACUCUUAAGUAUAAUUUUUUUUUCAGAAGAAGAAAGAUACUUUUCCAAAUGAAAUUUUAUUUUCCGUCACUUUUCCUUACAAAUCUGAUGUUUGCCGAUCUUGUUAAUUUCAGCCAAUCACGCUGCUUCUUAUGCUACAAAUUUAGCCAUUGAACACUUGUUAGCUAGAGUAAAAAUACAAAUUUUAUUCUAAAUAAACGAGAUGCUACAUCCAUAAAUAUAUACGCAGUUCUGGUUCUGGUUUUAUUGUUAGGUAUAACUUCGAGUCAGCCGCAUAGCAGUGGGCUGCACAUGCCACAUCCAGCCAGUGUAGCGCAGCUUAAAUUUGCCUCAUGAGACUCACAAUGGAACCUCUUACCUACAUAACUGCUGUGCAGCAGUUAUUUGGUUGAUUACUUGCUGUAGCUAACAGGAGCUAACUGGCUAAAUAUGGUGGCAGAGAGUUGAGCCUCCUUUGAAGAGGCAGUGGGUACGUGAUUGGCUGAUAGUUGCGAGCAUGGUGAUGACAUCACAGUCAUGAAAAAUGGCAACAGAGUAACAAUCCAUGUAUGACACAAAUUCAGACUUUUGAAAAGGUUGUUUUGAAAUAAACAGAUGCUAAUGUAAAAUAACUAAGUCAAAUAAAGGAGAAAUUGCCAAGCAUAUUCCCAGUGAGCCUAAUUCCGUGACCUUUUCAAGAGGUUAUUUAUGUUAUGAUUAUUUCUUUAACAAAUAAUACUGAACACUGUAGUGCUCUUGGACGCUAGCUUGAAAAACUGUAAGCAGUGAGAUCAGUAAUUAUUAGCAGCAUGCAGUGUUUCACACACACACACACACACACACACACACACACACACACACACACAAGAUCAAACACAGAUUCCCCUUCAUAUGUGAUACAUGGCCUGAUGCGCAGGCCAAAUCUCAGGGCUUUAGCAGAGUUAGAGACUGAGGGCUAACUCAGGUUUGGCUUUGAAGGAACAGGUAGAGCUUUUUUCUCUCAGGGCUUCGGUUGACUUACUCCUCAACUGGAAACUGUGCCCUAGCCACAAGAGCCCAAAUGCCCCCCCAUAUCAGAGAGGGUUAAGCUGUGAACGCUUUGGAGCCAAGAUCAAAACUUUUGUCUCAUUCAUCCGCACAUUUGGCCCCCUGACUAUAUAGAUCUAUAGCACCACCCAGAGGUCCCAUUCAAAUGUAUGUUUCAGGAUCUUUGGAGUAAGGUGUUUGAUUCCUUGUACUCAAAAGGAAUUUGAAAUGUUUUUUACAUAUGGCAUCUCUCCUCUGUCGUGUUUCAGUAUCAGAAAAAAAUAGAAUAGAAUCACUUUGUCAAAUACUGAUUCUGCUUCUAUGAUUAAAAGACCCUUUUAUCCUGGAUCACUGUCUGAUGAUGUCACAAAAUGUACUGUGUCAAACUGUAUAUGUGGUAAAAGAAAUAUGAAUACAAUAAAGAACAUAAAGCAAUGAA